GACUCCGGUUCUUGGGCUUUGGGGAAGCACCCGGCGUCGCACCUCCUAACUGCAGGCAGGAUGGAUGGGAAGCUGGGGACCCCGGAGCGCUGAGGCCUCCGGAAAGCCAGCCAGGCCCUGGGAGAAGCAGCGUGGAGAUUCAGGACUGGCGAGAAAAGUCGGUUCCGCCCCUGACACUUGUGGUUUCAGGCACUGUGAUCAUUUCUCAAUCUCUGAAGAGAGAUUCUUUAACCUGGGCAGUGAAAAAUAAUGAACUUUUGGAGGAAUUGCUUUUUGGCUUUCACUGUGCUCAGCGUGGUUAUUUUUGUGAUAUUUUACAACAGCCACUUAGGGCUGCCAAAAUUUUACCAGAGGCUGAACAGUUCCGGUGAAAGGGUCCCCAGACUUGACGCCUGCGACUACGCCUUAGAGAAGAAGCCGGCCUUUGUGUGGGGAAAGGCGUCUGUGUCACCUCUGGGCAGAGUCCCCUGCGAGGACUACGUGGUCCAGAACCACUACAUCACCAGGCCACUGUCAGAAGAAGAGGCCGCCUUCCCUCUGGCCUACGUCAUGGUCAUCCAUAAGGAUUUCGGCACUUUCGAAAGGCUCUUUCGGGCCGUCUACAUGCCCCACAACGUCUACUGCGUGCACGUGGAUGCCAAGUCCUCAGUCGAGUUUAAAAGCUCAGUGCAGCGGUUGCUGAGCUGCUUCUCCAACGCCUUCCUGGCUUCCAAGAUGGAACCUGUGGUCUAUGCAGGGUUUUCCAGGCUCCAGGCCGACCUGAACUGCCUGAGAGACCUGGUGGCCUCCCAGGUCCCCUGGAAGUACGUCAUCAACACCUGCGGGCAAGAUUUCCCCCUGAAGACCAACAGGGAGAUCGUGCAGUACCUGAAAGGGUUCCGAGGGAAGAAUCUGACCCCGGGGGUGCUGCCCCCCGCCCACGCCAUCGGGCGGACUAAAUACGUCCACAGAGAAUACACAGGAAAAGGUGGCUCCAUUGUGAAAAAUACUAAUAUCCUGAAAACCUCACCUCCACAUCAGCUGACCAUCUACUUUGGCACAGCAUAUGUGGCCCUUACCAGGGAGUUUGCCAACUUUGUCUUGGAUGACCAAAGGGCCACUGAUCUGCUGCAGUGGUCCAGAGACACCUAUAGCCCCGAUGAACAUUUCUGGGUGACACUGAAUAGGAUUCCCGGUGUCCCUGGCUCCAUGCCCAAUGCAUCCUGGACUGGAAACCUUCGAGCCAUAAAGUGGCUUGACAUGGAAGAUAAACACGGAGGCUGCCACGGCCAUUAUGUACACGACAUCUGUAUCUAUGGAAACGGAGACUUAAAGUGGCUGAUCAAUUCACCCAGCCUGUUUGCUAACAAGUUUGAGCUCAAUACUUACCCCCUAACUGUGGAGUGUCUGGAGCUGAGGCUCCGGGAGAGAACCCUGAACCAGAGCGAAACUGCCAUCCAGCCCAGCUGGUACUUUUGAUCUAGGGAGACUGCAGUCGGGAGGAAGGGCCGGCUUGGAGGGAGGUUUCAAGACCAUGGUGAUGGCUUCAGGAUCUGGUGACAUAAUUAGACUCAAAAUACCCACUGGAAACUGUGAAGGGAGCGGAUACCAACAGGAUAGCUGCGUAGUGUGAUCCUGGCACUUUGGCCCAUUUCUGAUGCCCACCUCUGUGUUAGGCUGUUGUGCUGAUCAGUGAGGAGGGGAAAUGUCACCAGGUCAUCGCACACAAUGUUCCUCAUAGAAAGAGACCUGAGAGAAGGGCAGAUGACCCUGUGUGGGAAAGUAAGGCUUGAGUUCCUCUGGGUCAGGAGCCUUUGAGGACACAGCAGGGGCCAAUUUCCCUCCCACAGGGCAGAUGUGGUUCCCAAGUCCAGCACUCACACAGCCCAUGGCUGGGAAGCUGUGUGUGCAGGGGAAACUACUGAGAUGGGAGGUGCUGCCUGCUGCUACGAGGAAAGGACCCUAGUGAUGCAAAACUGUUCUCUACCGAAUUUGACAGAGCUGUGAUUCUCUUCCGCACUUUCCAUCGAGAAAGCUGAGAGAAAUCCCCACAAGGAUGAAGGUGUCCUGCCAGCCUGCAGAGCCUCCCCCGCCCCCCACAUGCAUCAGGGUGAUCAGAUUGUGACAUCAGGCAGAGGAGAUGAUGGGUUAUUACCUGUUGAGAGCUAAAUCAGAUUAUUCAGAAGGGAGCGGCAGGGACAAGUCAGGCUCCUCCAGCCUGCUGCAUUCUAGCUGUUCCGCUGGCUUCCUCUUCCUCGUUUCAUUCAAACCUUGGGACAGUCUCCCAGGGCUCUCAUGAUCAUCCCCAUUUUGCCGAUGCAGCCACUGAGGCGGGGAGAGAUUAACCUGCGUCAGGGUACUAAUUCUCUGCCCUAGAAUUGGGAUUCUCUCGCUGGUCUUCUCAGUUCAUUUCCUGAGGUGGAGUGUGAGAGAAGGUGAAAUAAAGCCAUAUUUAAUAUACCAGUGAAGGUAGAUCUUUAAGAAUGGUCUCAGUGUUAAAAUCGAGAAAAAGCCCCAUCACCUCAGAAAAAUGUGAAGUCUACCUUAGUACUCCUCUAGUCCCAAGUUCCUAUUUAUUUAUUCUAAGGAAAAGCACAUAGCAUAAUGGAUGAUACAUUCAAUUAACACAAUUUUAUUUUUUCUAUAAUUGUACCUGUUGAAUGUUAAUCAUAUCUAAAGGGAAUGACUUUGAUAAGAAAUGUUUUUUCCUGCUAUGGAAGAAAGUGGAAUGGGCUAGGGUAGGGAAGGGUUGAAGGGCAAGAGAAUGCACCCCAGGUUAGGGGUGGAGUCUAACAGUUGUCUCUUCAACUAACUGAAUGGAAAAGAAGUUUUUUACACUGGCUCUUUCUUCUGUAGCUUGCAAAAUUUUUCUGGAGCAGAAGAUGUUUACAUGUCUGUCGGUCAUCUCUGUGUGUCUUAAAUCCUUGCCCUGAAACUACUGUAUCCAUCUUUGUUUUUAGUGAUGUUGUGUUCCCCCUCUCCUUGGAAAUAAAUUAAUAUGUUGUUU